AUGCCGCUUCUGUCACGUUUGACCAAAAGUAGCAGUGGUUUGGUGGGGUUUGAUAUGAAAGUCUUCCUUGACCCACCAUCGAAUCCUAACCGGAAAGUUUUCGAUUCACUUUACGUGAACACAUCUGACAUUUUCCUAGCGAACUACAAAAACCCCCAAGAUCAAGGUGAACCUCUUCUAUCUGACUCUGGAUGGGACGUUUACACCCGAAGAGACAUCAGAGUACCAAUUCAACCUCUCAGUGUCUGGAACAGAACAAGCAAAAGCUACCAUAUUCACAUCGCUUUUGGAACGCUGCCGACUCGAACAUUCAACGUGGCUGGGGCGACUGCUUUCGGUGCGGGCGGACUGAGAGCUGGUGGCACUCGCAAGAUUGAUCUAAAAAGCGAACUCGAGAAAGCAGCUUUCAUGGCCACCCAAUUCGAUCAGGUGAUCUUGUGCGCCGGACUGAACGGCGAUUGGGAGAGCGAAGGUUAUUACCGGAGUACCAUGGACUUGCCCCCUGGGACUGACGAACUGAUUGACCUUGUGGUAGCGGCGAAUCCCAACACAGGGGUCAUCAUCCAGUCAGGCACGCCUGUCAGCAUGCCUUGGGCCAACCGUGUGCCAGCGUUGAUCCAUGCUUGGUACGGUGGCAAUGAGACGGGCAACGCGAUUGCUGAUGUCGUGUUCGGCACUGUACCCGAGCGAGGGCGAACGGCCUACGGCGAGGGCGUCUACAUCGGCUACCGCUUCUAUGAAAAGUGCAAGAGAGAUGUCGCCUUCCCAUUUGGUCAUGGCUUGAGUUACACGACGUUUGAGCUGAGUUCGCUUUCACUCGAAGAAACCGGGGAUGAGCUCACUGUGGCUCUUGAUGUCCAUAACAGUGGGGACGUUGAUGGCGCUGAAGUCGUUCAGGUCUAUGUUGGGCAGAUCCUGCCCAGAAUUUGGAGGCCGAUCAAGGGUUUAAAAGGUUUUCCCAAGGUGUUCGUCGCAGCAGGCAAGUCCGAGCGCGUUAAAAUACAUACAUCAAAGAAGUAUGCAACAAGCUUUUGGGACGAGCAGGGGCAUGCGUGGGUGCAAGAAAAGGGACAAUAUACUGUCCGAGUUGGUGAUUUUAGCGCUCAUACUCCCCUCUCUGCUACUUUCCAUGUAGGGCAAACAGCUUGGUGGAAAGGACUGUGA